AUGGAAUCAGAAAAUCAAACAAGAGUUUCUGAAUUUCUCCUCCUGGGAUUUUCAGAGGCAUCAGAGAUUCAAUUAAUUCUCUUUGGCUUUUUCCUGUCCAUGUACCUGGUCACAUUCACUGGGAAUCUUCUUAUCAUCCUGGCCAUUAUCACAGACCCCCACCUCCACAUGCCCAUGUAUUUCUUCCUCUCCAAACUGUCCUUUGCUGACUUUGGGUUUGCUUCCACCACCAUCCCAAAAAUGCUGGUAAAUAUCCAGAUGAAGAACAAAGCCAUAAUCUACACAGGCUGCCUCACCCAGAUAUAUUUUUCCUUUAUGUUUGGAUGCCUGGACAGUUUACUCCUGACUGUGAUGGCCUAUGACCGCUUCGUGGCCAUCAGUCACCCCCUGCACUACACAGUCAUAAUGAACUCCCAGCUCUGUGGACUGCUGCUUCUGGGAUCUUGGGGCCUCAGUUUCAUUUUCUCCCUGCUAGAGACCUUGACCACAUUGAGGCUUUCCUUCUGCACACAUAUAGAAAUUCCACACUAUUUCUGUGAUCCUUCUGAAGUCCUGAAGCUCGCCUGCUCUGACACCCUCAUCAAUAACAUAUUUGUGUAUUUUGUUACUGGUGUUAUGGGCAUUUUUCCUCUCACUGGGAUUCUCUUGUCUUAUUCUCAAAUCAUCACCUCCAUUCUGAGAAUUUCUUCAGUUGGGGGGAAGUAUAAAGCCUUUUCCACUUGUGGGUCUCACCUGUCAGUUGUCUCCUUGUUCUAUGGCACUGCCCUUGGGAUCUACCUGAGCUCUGCAGCCACACCAUCCUCCAGGACAAGUCUGGUGGCCUCGGUGAUGUACACCAUCGUCACCCCAAUGCUGAACCCCUUCAUCUACAGCCUGAGGAGCCGGGACAUGAAGCAGGCCGUGGGGAGAAUCCUCUGCAGGGCAGCCUCUUCUCAGUGA